AUGUCGGAAGACAACAGAACGCUGUGGGUUGGCAACCUGGAUGAUCGAGUGACAGAAGCAUUAAUAUACGAACUCUUUUUGCAGACAGGGCCUAUAGAUAAGUUAAUACUUCCAGCUGAGGGAGAAGGGGACAAAAAGAAACACAAAGGGCAUGCAUACGUUGUAUUCCAUCAUCCUGAGUCUGUGCAAUAUGCUUCUCAGGUUUUGGAAGGAUCAAGUCUCUUUGGUCAACAGCUGAAUAUGAAAGCUCGAAGUCUUCCCAUCACUUACAAGGGGUCAAACCAAGCUUCUGGAAACAGGGGCCGGUUGGACACUAACCACCGGCCUAGCUUCAAUAAAGCCAGCACCUGGCAUGGGCAGAAUGAGUUUUCGGCACGUGGCCGUGGAAGUUUCCGAAAUCAAGGAGUUGGUUCCAACUAUUCCCAGAACACUGGCUUUACCACAAAUUACAACAACUACAAUAAUCAGGUCAACUCUGGCUACUGGGCAGGCGGGCAGCAAGCAGGCAGUGACACCAAACCAGCGUCCUAUAAUACAGCUGAAGAAUCGCUGGAAGACAAACGGCAGAGGCUGCUACAGAAGCAGAAUAUUACCCUGGAAGCCCAUAGACAGGUGCAAGGGGGAAUGAACAUGGCCUCACAGGUGUAUGGCAUGAUGCCGCAACAGCAGCCACAACACCAGCAGCAGCAGCCACAACAGCAGCAGCAGCAAGGGAUGUGGACCACAGGCAGUUACAAUACUGAUAACUGGAACAUGAACCAGAUGAACCAAAAUGGAACCCCUGCCUAUCAGGGCUACCCAACCGACCAGUAUGGCAAUUGGUACCAGCAAUAG